AGGAGAGGGGAAAGGAGAAGGGACGAAGGAGAGAGCGGGGGGAUGACUGCAUCAAAGGAAAACAAAAAAACAAUCAUGACUCCUGUAAUUCAUACUAUACAUCACAAAGGUUGCUGUGGUUAUCUACACAGUAUGCCGCAAUAAAUGACGAGCCGCCCCGAAAAGUUGCUGCUGGCUUGAGAGAGAUGUCAUCUCCAGGAAUGGGCACCCCCAGUGACCCCCUCUUGGCCAGUCCAGGAGGGAGGUUUUCCACAGCUCAGGAAGGUAUCUGGAGGAGCUCACUUCCCAAAACUGCCAGCUUUCCAACUUCCACCACUCGGCACCUCAGUCACAGAGCCAACAACUUCCAAAGACAGCCAAAGCGGAGGAAGCUGAUAAGACCUUCGCCUCCUCCGCCACCCAACACACCUUGUCCCCUGGACCAGUUGGACCUCAGUGAGCUUCCCCCGAGACGUACCUUCCAGGAGCUGCUCUUCAAUGGCUGCAUCUUGUUCGGGAUUGAAUUCAGCUACGCCAUGGAAACAGCUUAUGUGACUCCAGUGCUUUUACAGAUGGGCCUGCCUGAUCAAUUCUACAGCUUGGUGUGGUUUAUUAGCCCCAUUCUCGGAUUCCUCGUUCAGCCUCUCAUAGGAGCAUGGAGUGAUCGUUGCACAUCCCGGUUUGGGCGAAGACGACCUUUUAUUUUCGCCUUGGCAAUAGGAGCACUGAUUGGUCUUACUCUGGUUCUCAAUGGACGGGAUAUUGGGAGUGUCCUGGCUGACACAGCAUCAAAUCACAAGUGGGGAAUCGUCCUGACAGUGUGUGGUGUGGUUCUAAUGGACUUCAGUGCUGAUUCAGCUGACAACCCAAGCCAUGCUUAUAUGAUGGAUGUGUGCAGCCCAGAGGACCAAGAUCGGGGACUGAACAUCCAUGCGUUACUGGCAGGUCUAGGAGGUGGAUUUGGCUACAUUGUAGGUGGCAUCAACUGGGACCAGACACAGUUUGGAAGGUCAAUGGGAGGUCAACUCCGGGUCAUAUACCUGUUUACGAGCAUCACUUUGGUGAUCGCCACAACCAUGACUCUAAUGAGCAUCCCUGAACGGCCCUUACCGAAGAGCCAGCCGAACAAGAACUCAAGCAAAAACAGCCUGAAAAGCCCUAGCCUCCCUCUUCCCCCCUCCCCACCCGUCCACCCUGGACCAGAUUUGGGACUAGAUGAGGAAGACGAGGACGGUCUCUACAGCUACAAUUUCUCAAAGUCUCACCCAUGUAAUCCUGACCCCUUGGCCCAUUCUUGCAGUGCAAGUGCGCGUCUUUGUGCGGGCCUCAAUAGCCCCAUAUCGCCCCUAAGCCCCCUCACUCCAAAGUAUGGCAGCUUUAUUAGUAGGGACAGCUCUCUCACUGGCAUUAAUGAGUUUGCCUCUUCAUUAGGAACCUCAUAUAUCGAUAGUGUGCUCAUAGACUGCUACACAGGCCAGCAGACACCACAAGCUCUGCUCCCCAGCUCCACCACUGUGCCACUGCCUCCAGGGGACUCCCCUCCCCCAGACGGGCUCAUGCAGGGGCCAGGGAACCACCCUGUAGGUGCAGGACAGACCCAGGCCAAUGUGGUGUCUCAUCCAGUUGGGGACGCACAAGAUGCAGAAGGGCCUCAGCCUGCUGGAGAUGCACAAUCUCACGGAGCAUCUCAGGUCACAGCUGGGGCUCAGACUGCUGCGGGGUCACACCGGGGCUCCACGGCUGGCAUCCUGAAGCGACCUCAGAGUCUCGCGCUGAUGGAAGAGCCCAUGGCAACACAGAUUGUUGGGCUGGAGAAUGGGCGUAGGAGGACAGUGACUUUCAGCCAGCAGGUUGCAAACAUUUUGCUCAAUGGAGUGCGCUAUGAGAGUGAUCUAAGUGAGAAUGUGGAGAGUGGAGAAUCCCAAAUGUCAAUGAAGCUGCUGUGUAUAGCCAUCUACAGGAUGCCUCCCUCUUUGCGGAGUUUAUGCACUAAUCAUUUUUUAGGCUGGCUGUCCUUUGAAGGGAUGCUGCUCUUCUACACUGACUUCAUGGGGGAGGUUGUGUUUGAAGGAGAUCCCAAAGCACCCCACGACUCCGAGGCUUACCAACGCUACAAUGCUGGUGUCAGCAUGGGCUGCUGGGGCAUGUGCAUCUAUGCAUUCAGUGCUGCUUUCUACUCAGCCAUAUUGGAGAAACUAGAGGAGCGUUUCUCUCUUCGCACGCUAUAUUUUUUCGCCUACUUGGCAUUUGGUUUGGGCACCGGCCUUGCCACACUAUCCACCAACCUCUACGUGGUACUUUCUCUCUGUGUCACCUACGGGGUGCUCUUCUCCUCUUUAUGUACGCUGCCUUACUCUCUGCUGUGUGAAUACUACCAGAGCCCUCAGUUUUGCGGCUCAUCGGAGGAAGGGACCAGACGCGGGAUGGGGGUGGACAUCUCUCUGCUCAGCUGCCAGUACUUCCUGGCUCAAAUCCUGGUCUCUGUGGCGAUGGGACCUCUGACCUCGCUGGUGGGUGGGGCCCAGGGAGUGAUGUACUUUGCAAGCCUGAUGUCAUUCGUGGGCUGCCUGUACUCCUCUCUCUGCGUGGUGUACCAGCUGCCCCCCCCUGAGGGUGAGCCCCCCGAAAGCGAGACCCAGCCACUAUUGGUGCACAUUUAGAAAAGCCUCUUACAAAUUUAUUUUUACCUCACACACAACCGCACGCACACACAUACUCACUCCACAGCACUGUUGCUUUAGUGUCUGCUGUGUUGACCUUCACAGUGCGACAGACGCACUUGUAAAUCCUGCCGCACACUGUACAGCACAGAUUCAUAUAUUGUUUUACACCAAUUUAGCACUGCUCCUCUCAGAGCUAGACAGACAGACAGACAGACAUUGGCCACCUCUCCAGUCUUUGUUUAUACAUGACCAGCGUGUUCAUACAGUGUGUGUGCCCAUGCAUUUUUUCCUAACUUUUGCAAACGAAUGUGUGACCUCUCUGAAUGUGUGUGUGACUCUGAGUGACUCCUGUGAGUAUAGAUAAGCCGUUCUUGUGUCUGAUUCUUUGCUGUCAAACUCUUGCAUCAUUUUUCUUGCUCAUUUGUUGGUGUUUUUAGGAUAGAAGUGUUUACCAGUAUGCGCAAGCUAACCACUGCUUUCCCUCUCUUUUUCUUCCUUUUAUCAGUUGCCUAACGUCUGCAUGAGCUGCAGUGUAAUCUCUUAAAGCCCUGUGUUAACGUUUUGUUUUGGUCAUAUGGCCAAGGGAAUGUCUACCUGCCUGUUUCUCUGAGUUAGCAUACUACACCUUAGGCAGGAUUUUCUGACUAAUUGAAUGUGCUGCCAGUAGCCAUUCAGGCUCACUGUUCAUUCCUCUUUAUUAAUUCAAGAGCUCUCAUUGCAUAAUUUAGCAAACACAUACUUAAUAUUCACGUGAAGGCGAACUAUGCCUAAUCACAGUCUGGAAGGCUUUCACAUUCUCCACAUUUUAACAGCAAAUACAAACAACACUUUCCACACUAUCCAGUCAUUAUGAGACUUAACCAGUGUGCUAUCCCCAAAAUUUCACAGUUUGGUGCUGGGUGACUCUUAAUCAAGAGUCCAAAUAGGAGUACAAUGUCAACUACUUAAUCAUCAUAGAGCAGUGUCUAAUAGGAUGACACGCGUACUCGUACAAAAAACACAGAGAAAUGUGUACUGGUGGCUAAUUCUUGUCUGGGCCCUCACUAAGCCAUGGACAGCCCUGUGAGCUGUUACCCUACUCCUGGCCAUACCAUUGUAAUAAUGACAGUGAUUCUUGUCAUUAUCAGGAAGAGGAGAAGUUGAAACUGGGGUCUGAAUCAGCAAUCAGUCGGAAACCGAACAAAACAGAAGAAGAGAAAACAGAGAGAAGACUCAUGUGAAUGAUGGGUAACCCUGAAGGUGGACAGCAUUUUAAAAAAGCAAAAAAAAAGACUGGGGGUUCACAGCCAGCGGCGGCGAAUGCUUAUCGUCAUCAUUAGGGCGCAUGCUUAAGGUAGUAGGCUUCCGCUCCACUAUGCUCAGUCUAUCAGUGACGUAUAGUGAUGACUUUUCGUUUGUUAGCUGGACGUUUUAAACCUCAUUCCUUUUUCCAUCAUCGAGAAGCCAUCUACAUCACUAAACUGGUACAUGCAGUUUAUUUUUUCAUGGCAAAACGGUACGCUUUGUCUGUUCAGCCAAACACAGGCACCAAGCCUGAUUUCAGGGCUUCAAACAAGCUUUUCGUUGUGUUGGUUCCACUGACUGAGCACCUCAACAUGCAGGUGCCCCAGAAGAAUGUCUGUAAUUGCCUACUAUCAAAGCCUGCUGGACUGACCAGAUGCACGCCACGCUAACGUUUCUGAGGAAACAGUAAAUGUGCGGAUCAUGCUGUUGCAGCUUGCUUGGGAAAGAAAUAAAACACAGUUUUUGUGUUACAUGGUACCACCUAUUGCUCAGUAUUAGCAGUGCUACUGUAAAAGCUACUUUUAUUCAGGGUUAAGUUAAAACUAAAAUGAUCAUUUUUUGCCACGCUUGACUCCUGUGUCAAUUAUUUUGUUGCAUGCCAUGUCAGUUGUAGCUUCCCUUAAUGAUGGGGUGAACUUCUCAACUACACCACAUGGGGGAGCAAGUGUAUACAAGAAAGUAAUCCAUUGAUUCUGUUCACCCUUUUCCAUUACCAAGUGAAAUUAUUCCUCUUUCCUGCAUCUAAGCCAGCCAUUUUCCAUGUUAAGAAAAAAAUAGGUCAAGUGACAUCAUCCACUUAUAAAACCAUGUUUUGUUUUUUAAAGAAAGCACUGAUGAUGAGCUAUUAACAGAUAAUAAACACACACGAAAGUCAUUCUUAAGUAAAAAGACAAUUUAUUUGUUAAUCAGAAUAUACAAAGCAGUGGCUGAAGUAACCGAAUGUCAUUCUGGUUCUGAAAAAGGCAGUCUUGUACACAAAACUGAGCUACCCAACCAUAACAUAACACUCAUUGAAAAUGUAAGAGAAA